AUGCUCACGCUCGUCCGCCGCGCCCGCCCAGCCCUCCGCCCCCUUCUUGCCCGCGCGGCUUCAGGCCACGGGGCGGGCACGACGCCGGACACUGGCGGCCCGCUGUUCAGCACGCAGUUCGGUGUGCCGAUCCACAAGCCGGGCGCGGGGGGCGACAAGGCCGCCGCGAAGCGCGACAAGCCGCCCGCCGACGACAAGAAGCCCGCCAGCAAGCACCACAAGGUCCAGGGCGGAUACAGCUUCGCCGAGCUCAAGCGGCUGCACCAGGACGGGCGCGACUAG